UGGGAAGUUUUGAGGACGUGUUCUGAGAAAGCCAGAGCCCGGGCCGGCGGGGCCGGCGACAUGGAGCCACUGUACCAACAAACGCACAAGCAGGUCCACGAGAUCCAGUCUCACAUGGGACGCCUGGAGACGGCAGACAAGCAGUCUCUGCACUUAGUAGAAAAUGAAAUCCAAGCAAGCAUAGACCAGAUAUUCAGCCAUCUAGAACGUCUGGAGAUUUUGUCCAGCAAGGAACCCCCUAACAAAAGACAGAAUGCCAAACUUCGAGUUGACCAGUUAAAGUAUGAUGUCCAGCACCUGCAGACUGCUCUCCGAAACUUCCAGCACCGACGCUAUGCCAGGGAGCAGCAGGAGAGACAGCGAGAGGAGCUUCUGUCUCGUACCUUCACCACUAAUGACUCUGCCACCACCAUACCAAUGGACGAAUCACUGCAGUUUAACUCCUCCCUCCACAACAUUCACCACGGCAUGGAUGACCUCAUUGGAGGCGGGCACAGUAUUCUGGAGGGACUGAGGGCCCAGAGACUGACCUUGAAGGGGACUCAGAAAAAGAUCCUUGAUAUUGCCAACAUGCUGGGCUUAUCUAACACGGUGAUGCGACUCAUUGAGAAGAGGGCUUUCCAGGACAAGUACUUCAUGAUCGGCGGGAUGCUGCUCACCUGUGUAGUCAUGUUCCUCGUGGUGCAGUACCUGACUUGAGCUGGCCACACCCAGUGGCUGGACAUUGUUCCCACUGCGAGACUGUGUGAUUGUGAGUGUGUGCACGUAAGAGAGAGAAGGGCCUAGAGGCCACCUUUUGAAAUGUAUGCCUGACUUAACUGUGAAGACCACUUAGGAGUAAUUGUGAUCAAACUGCUCUUUUUUCUGUGACAUCUUGGGGAGUUAGUGCCACCAAGAUGCGUGGUAUGUAGAAAGUGAAAGAAGUUCUGAUUCUCUCACCCUCAUUCUCACUGGGGAAGGGAAGGGAUGGCUUUGUCCACAUGACUGUGUGCACCUGGAGAAGGCUUCUGCAGUGAGCCUCAUGCACAGGACUAUUCACACUGUUCACACCUUGUCAUCAGCAGCCUUUGAGGCUCCUGAUAAAUAGGCUGGAGCAUGAGCAGAAAGGAGAGGGAAGAGGCCUUUUCCUGCACCUGUUAUAGUGGAUCCGUUUACAAACUCUUGUUCCUGCCACCCUCCCCCAGCAACUGACAUGUAGAUGACUAACUGCUAACACUCAUCAUCCUUUCCUGGAAGCAGCUACCUAGGAGAAGCAGAGACAUUAAAGGUAUUGCUGAUAAGGGUAAGCUUUUCCAUACUAUGGUUGCUGGGCGUUUGUCCUUCCUGAAGGAAGGCCAGUGUUCCUGGGAGUGUUCAGUCUGGAGACUGAAGACCCGAGUCACCAAUUUUUUUUUUCCAAGUAUUAGAAUGGUUAGCUCUCUUAAAACUCAGAGACUGCAGCUGGGCACCUAUGCCCAGGCUUUGAUGGGCCUUUGCGUCUUAAGAAGGUGGCAAUGAGCAAAGGUUAGUUAUUUGUCAGUUACAGUCUCAUCUCUAGUUCUAACAUCUCUUAAUUCUUUGGCUCUCUUCUCUUCCUUGAAAUACAUUAGCACCUGCCUAGCCAGGGUAGGUCACUCUGGAGAUGUCUCUGAUUAUAUGUUCUUGUGAGACUUUCCAGGAACCAGAAACUUUCCCUUCCCAGCCCUGGAUUAAGGCUGUAACAAUACCUGGAGUAUUGUGGAAUUCAUUAUAAAGCCAGUCUGUUUUGAAGUCUAUCUAAUGUGAUAAAUUUCUGAAAGUACCAGAAAGACCUGGUGAGUGUAGUUGUUCAUCUGUCAGAGAACAACUGUCCUACCAACCCUAAGGCUUAGCCUCAUGGUGAGGCAACAUAACACUCAGAAUUCCCCGGAACUAGAAACCUGGUCAGUAUUAACUCCACCCUUGAUCAUUCUACUUACACUUUGUCUUUGUUCCUUGUAGCUUGAACUGUCUYGUGCCUCUUUUCCCUCCUACUGUGUAUGGUCUCUUCCCUCCCUUACUCACCUGUUUCAGUAGCAAUACUGGUCUCUUCAGGCAUAUGUAUUUGUGGCGUAACUCCCCCUUUGGUGAAUUUUCUUAAUUGUCACAGAUUUUUAACAUGAAUUUUCUGGGUACUAAUUUCAGACUUCUGAUCAGAAGAGACAUCCAUUACCCCUCCCUACCCCUCUGGGCUAAACAGGGAUCCUAGAUUUCCAGGAAAGAGGAAUCUGACCCCUUCUGAAAAGGAUUAACAGC